UGAAUAUACAAAAUCCCUCCUAUCAGGUAGCAGAACCUAUAUACAUCUUCACACCAAGAACAAAAUUGUCCUCAUGGGAGUUAUCGCAACGUGUCUGAGAUACAAGUCCUCUUACGUCUACCCUAACCCUAACCUUACGGUCUCAGACUUGCAUUUCUUCUCCUACAACCCCCCUUCUAAAAUCUAUCUUCAUGUUCACCUGCGCGAGUGAGGUUCUUGGGCCUACUUUCCAUCCCCCCACACUCUCUUCAUGUUGUGUACAUCCACCCCAGCACACACUCACCAACCUCACUUUUUCUUUACUGUAGCAGCGAAAAAACGUGUGAAUUUGCCUCAGUCCUCAUGCAAUCCACCAUGCUCUUGUAUAAGGUGUUGAAUUGCUCUCAUACAUCGCCAUAACCUCAAACUCCAACAAAUAGCAGCGAAGAAGUUCAUACGGUAAGGAGGGCUGCUGAUUUUAGCAUAGGAAACAUGAAGGCCGGUGCUUAGUUCUGACUACAUACUUAGACCUCUCUUGUCUGAGAAGGUUUUUAUCUCCUCGUUAAAAAUAUCCCGACGAAAGUAUUAUUUGCAUAAUGCGAAAGUAUGAAGGUGUUGGAGGAUGAGCAUGUAGCCGGUGUUGUACACAUUGCUAAAGGACUUACAAUACAAGUAACGAAAGAGACAAAGAAAAGAAAAGAACCCCAUUCUGCCGGAACAGAAGCGAAAUGGAUAAGGAAACAAGGCUGCAAUCUCACCGUUGCCAGAUGUCGAGCCUGCGCAAGUGACUUAGUAAACAUAAGGGGGGCUAGCCCACCUCAAGAGGAGGAAGGGUGCUUUUUUCUUUUCAAAAGUCUUCAUGUCGGCGUUGGCAGGUUUGGCGAGAUUGUAAUAAUCUUAUCGAGUAUUUGUGUGUGUGUGUGUAAACUACCUAGGUACUUGAUUGAGUACAUACCUAGGUAUGUAGCUGGGACUGGUCAGCACUCCGCCCCAUUGAUUCUCAGCAUCAGCCCCCAUGCCACGGACACGGAGUCACCGAGCUUACAUAUUGUAUGCAACUAACACAGCCCACUAUCGGGCAAGCUCACUAAAAGACAUUUAGGCUCCUCCUGGUCUUACACUAUAUGCACUGAAUCUUCAAUAUAUUCGUAACCUCCAAACGCUUUCCACAUCGCCUCAACGCUAAAUCAUCGAUCCUCAAAUCAAUUCAGCAAGGUGAAUCAGCAUGGAUCCCCUCACCGCACUAGGCGUCGGCGCAAACGUCAUCCAAGUCGUAGACUGUUCCAUCAAAAUCAUUUCGCAGACUCACCAGAUCUACAAAGCUGCCGAUGGCAUGGCCGAUGAUCUCCGAGACGUGGAAAAACUGGCCACGGACUUAUCCAACCACAAUGCAUUGCUACUAGCUGAUCUGCGGCGUAUUGAUCCCGAGCAGCACUCGUCCUCAGUACUAUUACAGUACGGCGGCGGUAGCAGCAGCAACAGCAACAGCAGCAAUAAUGCCACGACGACGCUUGUUCCCCAGGCGACGCCCCCUACCAGAUCAAUCCAGCUAGAGAACGCAAAUGCAAAUGACCAAGCGCUUGCAGAUCUCUGUCAAGAUUGUAAUUGUAUAGCCAACACGCUUCUGUUCAAGCUCGAAAAAGUGCGGUACAAACCCGGUCUGACGUCGAGGAAGAACGAGUGGAAAGCUGCAGGCAAAGCCAUCCGCUCUGCCUGGGAACAAAAAGAAAUUGAGGCCAUCCAUUCGAGACUCCGCCAGUACCGUGCACAGCUGGAUUCUAGACAGCUGUUGUCUGUGAGGGAACUCAUCACCCGCAGCGCGCAACAACAGGACGGACGCCUCGAAGUGCUCGAUGGCCAAACGAGGAAAAUAAUAGCUGGGUUAAUGCAGAGUCGAGAUGAAGCCACCGCGGACGCAUCCGUCCUCAAAAUGACGCUGAGCAAGCUCUCACAGCUCGUCAUAGCCGAGAACGAGAAGACGCGCAACUUGUUUCCUAUCAUCCGCCACGCGUCCCCACUUGACAUUGUCGUCGCGCAACCGUACGACGACGAUCCAACCGUCUCUAUAUCACGCGCUAAUUCACCUGUCCCGACCAUGUCCAUAUCCGAAGCCGCUGUAUCGGGAAAUAUUGAGCAGCUGCGGAAACUCUUGAAAAACCCCCGCCAACACAUCGACCCAGUCGACGAAGAACUCUCAGCGCUCCAGCUAGCCUGCCUGAAUCAGCAAUGGAAAGCGGCAAAAUGGCUGGCGCAGCGAGGAGCGGAUCCCAACCGAGAGGAUGAGAAGGGGAUGACGCCGCUACAUUUCGCUGUCAAGAGUGGCGAUGCUGCGUUUGUGCGGUUGCUGUUGGAGAAGGGGGCGAACAGGGAGUAUAUGAACGACGAUGGCCGGAAGCCCUUCUUCUAUGCGGACAGGAAUAAUUUUCUGCUUAAUUGGAUCCGAAGGUUUGGUCAUAACGUCGAUGCUAUGGAUCCUGUCACUGGAUUCACGGCCUUGAUCGAGGCGGCUAAAAAAGGCGAUGUGUCGAGUGCAGAAACUAUGAUAGAUCAGGAAGCGAAUGUGGAUGUGCAAUGUGCGAAGAAGAACACGGCUUUGCAUUACGCGUGUGAGUUGGGCAACUUGGACAUCAUCACCUACUUGGUGGGCAAGGGGUGUGCCCUUGAUUUGCAGAACGACACGAAGUGUACGCCUCUUCUGGUUGCCGUGAGAAAAGGCCACAAUUCCGCGGUAAAGAUCCUCAUAUCCGCGGGCGCAAACCUAGAUACCAGCGGCACAGACGACGACCUUAACCCCUUAUUGGCAGCAAUCGAAGCCAAAAACCCGGAAAUUGCCCAUGACCUUAUAACCCACGGUGCAAACCUCGCAACCCGCGAUACCCAUGGCCACCCACCCAUAACGCGCGCCGCUCAAGCCAGACUCGAAACCACCGUUCACACUCUCCUCACCCACGGCGCCGACAUUAACGCGCAAAACACGUCAACCCUAGCGCCCCUCAUCUCUGAAGCCGCAGCCGCCAACCUCCCCGAUCUGAUCGACUACCUCGUCGCGCACGGCGCAACCCUCACAACGCCUGACCACCACCACAACCUCCCCCUCCAAGUAGCAAGCAUGAACAACAGGCCCCUCUGCGUCGCGCGCCUCCUCGCCCACGGCGCAGACCCCAACACCCAAAACUGCUUCGGCUACGGCUCCCUCCACGAAUGCGCCGACCGCAACUUCGCCGACAUCACUGAACUCUUACUCGCUAAGGACGCCGACACCGAACUCCGUGUGACGGUCGAAAACGGCCAUUAUACGCCGCUGCAGUUCGCGAGUAUGCAUGGGCAUGAGGCGUGUGUGCGGGUGUUGCUGGCGCAUGGGGCGAAUCUCAACGCGGGGAAUCGCGAUGGGUGGACGCCGUUGGCGGAGUCGUGUUAUCAUGGCCGGGUUGCGGUUGUGGAGUUGCUGCUCAAGGCUGGGGCUGACGAGACGAUUACGUGUGCUAGUGGGAUUACGCCGUUGCAAAGGGCGAUUGCUGAUGGGAGGACCGAGUGUGUGGAGCUGAUCCAGAAGUAUCGCGGGUGAAUGUCGUGGUUGUUGGUUCCUUAAGUAUCUACUAUUGUCUAUAUUUCCAUCUAGUCGGGUGGAGCCACCUAAGUCGGCAUUGUUAUCAAGUAUCAUGUCAUGUCUAGAAACACUAACAUCCAGAUCCGAGCCUAGGUAUGCGACCGUUCUCAUCGUGUUUGUCUCUGGUAGUAAUGAGACGCGGCCUCUAGAAGGUGCAUAAGAGAGAGUGCUUGCUCGGCGAGCGCUGAAUCGUCAGGGACAUCAAAAGCUUUAUGGAUCAAAUUCUAGUAGUUUGUAAUACAAGAACCUCAAACUAGCACUUGAAUCCUACAUGUUCCUUCUGUGAAUCUUGGCCUAUAGCGGCUCGAUGACCUCUCACCCUCUGUACGUAGAAGAAACAAGCAUGUAUAUUGCUUGUUUGGGGCGCUGACGUCUGAAUAUCACGUCCUAGCCCUCAAAGGGGAUGCCCCCCGAUCCCUGCUCUUUGCUUGUUGCAAGAAGCUUGUGCGAAGGCAUUUCUUCGUGUGAAUUUUUGGUAAUCGUUUAUUUUUAUUUUUUGGGAGGGGCGGUUUGCUCUUAUCGUUGUAACUAUCGCUGUGUGUAGGAUCCUCCAAACUCAAACUUAGAAUUUGUCUAUGU